AUGUCUCUCUCUACUCACCGCCCGGUGAAGGGAAUCACUUAUGGAGUUGUGUGCCCUGCUUGCUGCAAUCCAAUGGACUUUGAGUGCGUUAGUGAAAGGAUGUACGGCGCGCGGUGUCCGACGUGCAACGCCAUGGUAGACCUCCGCAACCCUGCGGAGACGCUGCCGGACCCCGACACCGGUAUUUACGAGAAUGACGCGCGACCUCUGGAGGCCGUGUUCUACUCGGCUGAAGUUGAGCCCUCCACUGGGAUGUCUGCUAGUGCGCAGGUAAACAACCUAUUGGCCAGGGUGGAGGCAGAGAAGCGCAUGACCAUGCCGACGCAGAUGACGGGAGAGACGAAGCAGGCCUUCUUUGCCCAGCGCCAGCAGGCAUUCUCGGAGAAGUUCUCUCUUUUCUUCCCCGUGACGUACGUAGUAGAGUACAUUGCCUUUGGCAGGGAGCCGUACGCCAGGAUUGGGCACGUGCGCAUCUUCCGGAAGCGCAUCCCCUUCUACGGCUACGUCAACAUCUGCGCCCCACGGAUGACCACCUCCUACGCAGCACCGGCCACAUUAACCCUUGGGUGCUUUUUGCUCUUCAGGUGGUUCUGCAUACACAUGGGGCUAAAAUGGAUAGCGGCGUACUACUACGUCGAGCUGACGCUUGUCUCGCUCUUUUACACACUUCUAUUCCGGCUGGCGUACAGUGAUCCCGGCUAUGUGAAGCCAGGCUACAUGGACGACGAGGGCGGCGACAGCGCUGCUGCUGCACCCGAGGUCAUGACGCUGCGCGAUAUCGAGCUCAACCAACGGGAGAGCAUAUGGGAAGAUGUGAACGGAGUUCCCAUGGAGCGCAAGUGGUGCUCGACGUGCAACAUGCAUCGCCCUGUGCGAGCUGCCCACUGCUACAUCUGUGGUCUGUGCUGCUUUGAUCACGAUCACCACUGUGGGGUCCUGGGCAUCUGUGUGGGCAGCCGCCGUAUUGAAAUGUUCGUGACGCUGGUGUCGGUCGUCGCGGUGGCGUGCAUUUUGCCGACCGUGGUCGUCACCUGCGCCCUGUGGACGCACUCAGAGAAGAUUACAACGCCUUUUCAAGUGGUUGCGUGUGCUCUGGCACUUGUGGUGCCGGGGUUCUUAUCUAUCGUCCUCACUAUGACAGCGAUCUCCAUGUGUCAGUCGAUCACACAUGAGGCGACCACCCGCGAACGCAUCCAGAAUGUGUACGCGCAUAAGCGCAACCCCUACAACCGCGGCUUCCUCGGUAACUUGUACUACCACUUCGUGCAGCGCCGCGUCGAAAAGUCGUUGUUCAGCGACGAAUUUGUGAAAAGGUGCGCACUGCGGACCCAGGAGCGAGAACUGGGCACCGGCGUCACGGUCACGUGCAUCUGA